GCUUGACGUCACUUCCGGGCGGUGCUGUCUUUUUCGCCGUUGCUGUUGAGGUUGCAUUAGCUUCACUCCAGCUAAUUGUCAGGUUCUUGUUCAUACACAUAUUUAUUUAUUUGCGCUUUUUAAAGAUAAAAUCAUUUCCUCUUCAGCUCGGAUUUCGUCCACAAAGUGUCGGAGCUUCUCCUCCUAACACACAGAGUCCUGUUGCUGAUUUAUCUUUUCUUGCUCAUCAUUGCGUCACCGGUGAGUGAACCCUGGCUGAGAAAAUAAUGUCCCGCGGUUGAAGAUGGGCGGCAGCGGCUCCAAAGCUAAAAGUUACUGGCCCUUUUCCGGCUCCGGAGGCGGCGAUGAAGCGGCUAAAGAAGGCGGAGAGCAGGCGCUGGCCAGAGUGCGCAAUUUCCCAAACGGGACACCGUUCGUGUUUACCAGGAGGAGCUCUAUGUACUUUGAUGAGGAUGGAGACCUGGCUCACGAGUUCUACGAGGAGACGGUGGUGACGAAGAACGGACGCAAGAGAGCCAAGCUCAAGAGGAUCCAGAAGAACCUCAUACCUCAGGGAAUUAUAAAGCUGGAUCAUCCCUGCCUCCAUGUAGAUUUUCCCAUUGUUAUAUGUGAGGUUUGAUGAAGGACAAACUUGGAUCCCACACACACACACACACACACACACACACACACACACAGACACACACAGACACACACAGACCGAAGGUUCCAUCCGCUCCGGAUUGUGUGUGUGUGUGUUUGUGUGUGAUUGGAUCCUGAAUCAGUUCUGUGUGUGUAGUAGCCUGCAAGAAGUGUGUGUAUGUUUGUGUGUAUGUAUGUGUGUGUGUGUGUGUGUGUGUGUGUGUGUGUGUGUGUGGGUGUGUGUGUGUGUCAAUCACAUGCAUGAACUGUGAUCACUGACGUGGGCCGAUGCAUUAGUACCUCUUUAUGCUCUCUCUCUAUUUUUUUUUUUUUUUUAAUGUUCAUGGAUGUUCUAGAACUCGCACUUGUAACAUUGCGCUGUUCUAGAACCCUGACCCUUAUGGUUCUAGAAUCACAAUGAAUGUCCUUUUAGAGCCAUUCUAGAACAGAACACUAUCUGUGAGGCUGUAGACCCCGAGGGGGCGUGUCCACGAAACACACCUGACUGACGGCUCGCUCUCGUUUCCGUCGCGCAUGUCGUCCUUACAAUCCCGUCAGCCAAUAGGGAGACAGUCAGUCACCGUGCGCCCUGCUCUGAUUGGCUGGUUUAUAUAUAUAUAUAUAAAUUUUCUUUUUUUUUCUCUGUGAUUUGUGGGUAGCUGUACAGAACGCUCACUGUGACCACGCCCACUCUGUCUUCACUUCUGUAGCGAGGAUCAUGUCACAGUUAAUUUAUUAUAAUCUGUAUGUUUUGAUUGCUUUGUUUGUUCUUUUCUUUUUUUUUUUUUUUUAAAGAAAUAACACCUGUAAAUGCACAAGGCUGUGUGUCCGUGCCUUUAUUGUGAGAAACGUGUGUGUGCACUUCAAACCUCAACCUGCAGCAUCAUUUCACCACUAGAGGGCGCUCUGGAUCCCAGAAAACCUGGAUCCCUGUCCUUUUAGCUCAUGGACCUGGUGGAUUUGGGGGAAAAAGCUCCAUCUGCUGCAGCAUUAAAUUCCUCAUGAUGUAUAACAGUACAGAUAUUAUGAUAUUAUCUGAGUGUUAUAGAGCCGAUAUAAUAAAUAUAAUCCAGUAGAUAUAAUGUGUUUUAUUUAUAUUACUCUUCUUAAAGCAUGAAGUGAUAGAAAUGUUAAAAAAACAGGAAGUAAUAGGACAAGGGUCAUUCAUAGGGAACACUAACUAUUCAUUUUCUUCAUCCCUCCUUUCUCCCGUUCACUUCAGAUUAGUUUCCUCCACCUGAACCUUUGAGUCACUGAAUUUCUUACAUGGAAUUAAACCGGAUCAUAUUUAGCUCACUCUUCCCUUUUUUUAAGUCGUUCUUUCAGCACUCUUUCGCUUUAAUGACUUCUGAAUAUUUUCCAACCACAUAUUCCACAUAUUCAUUUAUAUCAAGCACAGUCCACUUAUCAUCUCGUCCUCUCGUCCUCUCGUCCUCUCAUCAUCUCAUCCUCUCAUCCUCUCAUCCUCUCGUCCUCACACUGCCUUGUUAAUGAGAAGUACAGUUCUGUGCAAAAGUCUUAGACACAUGCAAAGACGCCUUCAAAAAUAAUGAAAUUAAAUGUUUCUACAUUAAAAAAAUACUAUAAAGAGCAGCAAACAGUAAUAAAUGAAACAAAGUCAGUAUUUAAUGUGACGAUCCUUCACUUUAAA